UUCCAUCCGUGUUUGCCGAUGCCCAGUGUUCUUCCAUCUCCCCCAAAGCUUUCUAUCUCUAAAAUCCCUCUCUCCCUCUUCAAGCCCUAGAUCUCAACUUCCCAAAAUCCCAGAAAAUUGAGGAUUUAUUGGUGAUGUAAUUGACCAAUCCUUGAAGCUUGGUGCUGGUUGUCGUGUAGGUUUUGGAUUUAUUUUGCUGCUUGGAUUUGGAUUUUGUUCGUCGCUCUGUUUGGUUGCUGAGAAUAUUUGAGAAGAGUUGAGAUUGCGAUAACUAGCUUAUUGAAAUUCAUUUGAAAUGGUUGAUGACAAUAACUCUCCUGGGUCACCUGACAAAAACCGAAGCCCUAACCCUGAUGGAAACGCAUCUCCUGAGAGUGAUGCUGCAAUUGAUGUAUUAGCACGAAAGGUUCAGGAGUCUCUUGUUCUUGGGAAGACACACAAGUUUUGGGAAACCCAACCAGUUGGGCAAUUCAAGGAUCUUGGAAAUGCGAGCUUGGCUGAAGGCCCUAUUGAACAACCGACACCUUUGUCUGAAGUCAAACAAGAGCCUUACAAUCUUCCAAACCUCUAUGAAUGGAUCACUUGUGAUAUUGACUCCGAAGAGACGUGCAUGGAGGUUUAUAACCUUCUCACUAACAACUAUGUUGAGGAUGAUGAGAACAUGUUCAGGUUCAACUACUCAAAGGAGUUCCUUAGAUGGGCUCUUCGCCCACCAGGUUAUUUCAAGAGCUGGCACAUUGGUGUUCGUGUCAAAAGCUCAAAAAAGUUGGUAGCUUUUAUUACUGGUGUUCCAGCUAGAAUCCGGGUUCGUGAUGACAUUGUUACCAUGGCGGAGAUUAAUUUCUUGUGUGUUCAUAAGAAGCUCAGAUCAAAAAGACUUGCUCCAGUCAUGAUUAAAGAAGUAACCAGGAGGGUUCACUUGGAGAAUAUCUGGCAAGCUGCUUAUACUGCAGGAGUGGUUCUCCCUACACCUAUAUCAACUUGCCAGUAUUGGCAUAGGUCUUUGAAUCCAAAGAAACUUAUUGAUGUUGGGUUUUCUAGGCUUGGGGCAAGGAUGACAAUGAGCCGCACCAUAAAGCUUUACAAGUUACCAGAUUCAACAGUCACACCUGGGUUCAGGCAAAUGGAGCUCCAUGAUGUUCCUGCAGUUACACGACUUCUUCGGAACUAUUUAAGCCAGUUUGCUGUUGCCGUUGAUCUAGAUGAAAAUGAUGUAGAGCACUGGCUUCUCCCCACUGAGAAUGUUGUGGACAGUUAUCUGGUUGAGAGCCCUGAGACUCAUGAGAUCACCGAUUUCUGCAGUUUUUAUACUCUUCCUUCAACUAUCCUUGGCAAUCAGAAUUAUUCGACUUUGAAGGCAGCUUAUUCUUACUAUAAUGUGUCCACAAAGACCCCAUUGCUUCAGCUGAUGAAUGAUGCGCUUAUUGUUGCCAAACGGAAGGACUAUGAUGUUUUCAAUGCAUUGGACGUCAUGCAGAACGAGACUUUCCUAAAGGAACUGAAGUUUGGACCUGGUGAUGGAAAACUUCACUACUAUCUUUACAACUAUCGCUUAAGAAAUCCAUUGAAACCAUCAGAGCUUGGGCUUGUACUCUUAUAGUUUUGAGCUCCAAAUUUACAUUGUGGCGCGGACCGUUUGGUAGCAUUUUUGGUACUGUUUCUCUGAUUAUUUCAAUGAUAAGGUUGCGUUAAUUAUCUUGUUAUACUUCGUUCGGCAAUCUUUAUUAGGUUUAUAUUAUGUUUUUCUUUUGAAAGAACAGAUCUUGUUAACUUUUUUAGACUGAGAUUGAUCGGCAAUCAUUCAAAGUUAAGCUUGUCUGGUGUCAGUAGAACUGAAAGAUGAUUGGAACUUCAAAACCCUUGUUGUGUUCA